AUGGAGGCGAUGCUGAGCAGCAGCCCGAUGCUGGUGCUGACGGACACGUCGGACGGCGGCGUGGGGCAGCAUCCGGCGAACCAGUCGGGGGCGGGCGAGUACGGGAGCAUCGACCUGCACAACAUCUUCCGGUCGAUGACGAAAUACACGACGCUGGCGACGUCGCCCAAGGAGGCGGCGCUGGGGGCGCAGCUGGCGAUCAAACACGCGAUGAGCGGGCGGCCGGGUCCGGCGUGCCUGCUGAUGCGGUCGGCGUCGAUCGGCGGCGAGGUUGACCUGGAGUCGCCGCCGUUCAUCCACGACACGGCGGGGUAUCUGAACACGGCCAAGCCGCAGGCGGCGCCGGCGGACAUCGAGAAGGCGGUGGAGAUCCUGUCGCAGUCGAGGCGGCCGGUGAUCGUGGCGGGCAACGGGGUGCACAUGGCGGGGGCGCACGGAGCGCUGCAGCAACUGGCGGAGCAGUGGAACGCGCCGAUGGCGACCAGCUACAAGGGCAAAUCGGCCAUCGCGGAGACGCACCCGCUGUCGGUGGGCAUGGUGGGCAUCUACGGGCAGGAGGCGGCGAACCGGGCGGUGGGCGACGCCGACACGGUGGUGAUCGUGGGGGCGAAGCUGAGCCCGCAGGACACGGUGCGCGAGCGGCCCACGGUGUUCAACCCGCGCGGGCAGCGGAUCAUCCAGAUUGACAUCGACGACCGCAACGCCGGCUGGACGUUCCCGGUGGAGCUGGGACUGAUCGGCGACGCCGGCAGCAUCCUGGGACAGCUGAUCGAGGCGUCGGCGGAGGCGUCGGGCAGCACGGCGAGGAACCGCAGCGAGUGGGCCGGCGCGUUGCCGAAUCGAAAGCAGGACGCUGGGUUCUACGAGGACGCCGGGCUGCACACGGACUCUUCGCCGGUGCUGCCGCAGCGGGUGGUCCGGCUGCUCCAGGAGACGAUGCCGGCGGAGACGGUGUACGCGCUGGACGCGGGGAACAACCGGACGUGGAUGGCGCACCUGUUCCAGUCGCAGCAGGCGCACACCUUCUUCUGCCCAGGCGGAACGGCCGGCAUGGGCUGGGGACUGCCGGCGUCGGUCGGAUUGCAGGUCGCAUACCCAGGUCGGCAGGUGGUGUGCGUGACAGGGGACGGCGGGUACAUGAUGACGGUGAACGCGCUAUCGACGGCAAUGCAGUACAACCUGCCGAUCGUAUGCGUGGUGUUCAACGACGGCGCGCUGGGGAUGGUACGGCACCACCAGGCACCGGGUCAGUACAUUGCGUCGGAAUUCGCCGAGACGGACAACGCGGCGGUAGCGCGGGGGUUCGGGUGCUUCGGUGUGCAGGUGGCGGACUCGAGGAAUCUGGCCGACGCGCUGCGAGACGCGCGGGCAUCGGGUCUGCCGGCGGUGGUGGACGUGCUGAUCGACCGGGGGCCAAGUCCGGACGACUGGCGGGCGGACCUGCGGACGGCCGGGGAGACUUAG